AAAAAGAAAAUCUCGCGAGGCUGAAGGGCUGUGGGAGCGCUAGUUGGUCUCGGCUCCCGGGGCCAGUGAUGGGGCCGAUCCCCGCUGACCCUGCAGCUACCCCUCGACUACCUGUGCUGUGUUCUGCGUCUGCUCGCUGAAGCAGGUGAACAAACAAGAGGACUCUCUUACCUUGGGUGCAUAGGUCCCCGUUGGCAGAGGCUUUGAGUCCUUAUCGCCACAGUUGACGGCUCCGAGGGACUGAGACCAGAAUAUUCCUUGAGAAAUGAGUUGCACAAUUGAAAAGGCACUUGCUGAUGCUAAAGCUCUUGUUGAAAGACUGAGAGAUCAUGACGAUGCAGCAGAAUCCCUGAUUGAGCAGACCACAGCUCUCAACAAGCGAGUAGAAGCAAUGAAGCAGUAUCAGGAAGAAAUUCAAGAACUUAAUGAAGUUGCCAGACAUCGGCCACGGUCCACAUUAGUUAUGGGAAUCCAGCAAGAAAACAGACAAAUCAGAGAACUGCAACAAGAGAACAAAGAAUUACGUACAUCCCUGGAAGAACAUCAGUCUGCCUUGGAACUUAUAAUGAGCAAGUAUCGCGAGCAAAUGUUUAGAUUGCUAAUGGCUAGCAAAAAAGAUGAUCCGGGUAUAAUAAUGAAGUUGAAAGAGCAGCACUCCAAGAUUGACAUGGUACAUCGUAACAACUCCGAAGGAUUCUUCCUUGAUGCAUCUCGACACAUCCUUGAAGCACCUCAACAUGGACUGGAGAGGAGGCACUUGGAAGCAAAUCAGAAUGAAUUACAAGCGCAUGUUGACCAGAUAACUGAAAUGGCAGCAGUAAUGAGGAAAGCCAUUGAAAUUGAUGAGCAACAGGGUUGUAAGGAACAGGAAAGAAUAUUUCAACUUGAACAAGAAAACAAAGGCUUAAGAGAGAUCCUUCAGAUAACUCGAGAAUCAUUUUUGAACCUGAGAAAAGACGAUGUAUCAGAAAGUACAUCUUUGUCAGCAUUAGUGACCACUAGUGACCUGAGCCUGAGAAAGAGCUGAAGAAUCUGUGGGCUUCUUACAAGGCUCCAAACAAUCCCUGGGACUGGCCUACUAAAAUGAAUGAAUUACGGAAAAAUCAACCUCAAGCUACCCUUUUAUUUUCUAUAAUAUGUACAGUGUACAGUGCACUGGCAAUGACAUUUUUAAGAGAUAGCAACAAAAAAAAUGCAUAGUUCGUGGUCAUAGACUUUAUUCAAAAAUACAGUUGAAAAGUAGAAACUAAGACUUUGUUAAUUGUUGAACAAAUUGAAGAUUUUCACAACUGUUGAACAUUUCAAGAUUUUUCAGUAGUGCUGUUGGCUUUCUGGAUGGUACUUGGAUAAAGAGGAAUAUUCCCAAUAAAUGUUUGGGAAUUUAUAAAAUUAUCCCAAUUUUAAAAUACAGAUUUUGCCACAGUUUGGUGAAUAGAAGAUCAUUCUAAAUUUUUUCCUCCCUGUUUGGUGUCAGAGUCAACAAAUAGCUUAUGUACCAUGAGACUUUAGCAUUAAUAAUUGCCUGUGACCUUCCCAUUAAUUUAAAUUUUUGUCAAAGAAAAUUCAGUUUGAAAAGCUGUAGGAAUGUUUUAUAUGCAUCAUAAACAAAAGAGAUAAUUUAAUUUUAGCUAAUUUACCAUAAUUAAUACUCAGCAAACAAUUGUCCAUAACUGCUAAGCAUAUGAAAUAGUUUCAGGAAUGAAAGACAAGGAAUACUACUUUCUAAGAAAGAAGAUCUUUUAAGAGACAUACUUAGUAGGUUAAACUACUCCUUUGAAAGACUAAGUUUUGGUUCUAAAUCAGUAAUGAAGAUGAGAUUCUUCUCUGGUUGAUCUUUAAGGAUAUUAUGGAGUUCAUUUGCCUAACAGAGUUGAAAUGUUUGACAAAGCAAGCUAGGUAUGGUUAUUGCAUAGCAUAUUGGGAAAUCUUCUGCCUCAUAAAGCCCUUUUUACAAAGUAACUAUUAAGAGAGAUAGAAAAAGUAAAAUAAAAUUUAAAAAAAAAUUUCUGGAUCUGUUCUUAAGCACCAUCUGGUCCUCAUAACCAAUAAGAUUUUUUUUAUAACCUUUCAGUUAAAAGAGGGACCAAAAUAAUCAAUGGAGUUAAAAGUAUUUGUUUUAUUUUUUUAUAAAAUAUAUAUCCAGUAUAUGUAGAUUUUUUAAAGCCACCAAAAAUAGAAGUGUGCUUUAACAUCAAUUGAAAUCUAAAUUUUUAUUAUUUUGGGGUGAGUACAGAAUAAAAGGAUAACACUGUCAGAUAUGACCAAAUAUAUUAUGCUCAUUUAUAUUAAAUACAUAUUAAAAUUAGCACAAUAGAAAAAUUACUUUUGAGUAUAAAUCUAUUAAAUAUUUACAUGGUGAUUUUUAUGUAUAAUUUCAUAGACUGGUGAAAUUUAAAACUACUUUUCAGAAUUUUUCUGUCUUAAGUUUGGGGUAAGUGGGGUUGAUGGGGCUGAUUGACUAGAAAAGGGCUAUAGACCCAGACAUUAAAUUGAUUUUUGUUUUCAUUCAGAGGCCUUAAUGUUUUAUAAAUAAAUGACAGUUUUUAUUUUUAAACUUUUCUAUUUGUUUUUGGGAAAGUACCCCUUAAUUUGAUGGCACAUUCAUUCAUAUAGUUUUUAUCCCAAGUUAGAAUUAAAGAAAAUAUGAUACACAGUUGAGAUUAAGUCUGAGGCAGUUCAUUGAGGCAGCUCUAUUAUAAAAUAUUACUUGAUAAAUAAUUAUUUUUGUAAACAAAUAAGUUAAUUUAUUCUUAGUCUUCUUACUUGGAUAUAAUUUUAAGAUCUUGGUGUUUAAAGACAUUUACUUUGUUAUAUAGAAAGUUUUCCAUCCCAAACUUUUUUUAAAUUUAUGUCUGAAGGUAUGUAGUGCAUAGGAGCCUAUUUUAUCAAUAAAGAUGAGUGAUUAAAAUUCAUAUGCUCUCCAAGUUAAUUUGAAAACAGUGCUUACUUCCAUUCAUUUUUAAGGUGCUUUAUUGCUUCUUACCAUAAAACUCAUACUUAGCAACAACGUCUAUCUAUACAUUUGUGGAAUUGGCCAGCAACUUAUUAUCGACACUGAAAACAUUUUUAUUUUCUGUGGUGGGUUUAAGAGCGUCUCCCCCAAAGGCAUAUUCAGGUCCUACUAACCUUCUGUAGCAAUGUGACCGCUUUUGCAAAUAAAGUCUUUGCAGAGUUUGAAGGACCUUAGUAUUAGAUCAUUCUGGAUUUGGGAUGGGCCCUAAAUCCAGUGACCCGUGUCCUUACAAGAGAGAUUUGAAACAGGAAGGGACACGAGGAAAAAGCCAUAGAGGCCAGAUGCAGAGAGUUAGGAAGUCAAGGAACCCUAAGGAUUAUGCGGUGCCACCAGAAGCUGGGAGAGCAGCAUGGAAUGAAUUCUCCCUCAGACAUUCCAGAGGGAGCAACCCUGACUGAUUUCAGACUUCUGGCUUUUUUGAUUUUCAGAACUGUGAAAGAAUAAAUUUCUGCUAAGCUACACAGCCAGUGAUAAUGUAUAGCAGCCCUAGGAAUCGACCACAUCUAUCAUGUGUCAUCUACCCACUUCAGUUUUUAUCCUAUGUAGGGAAUGCAAUUCUGAAAAACCAGUUAUAUAGAACUUCAAAGAUAAAAUGCUUUCUGCUCAAAUUGAUAUUCUUUGAUACUUACUAUCAAGGUGACUUCCCAAAUUCUGUAUUUCUAAAGAGCCUCAA